AUGAGUGCUAUCAGUACCGUAUUUAGCGACUUGAAAGCCAACAAGGAGCUCAUUCCGCUGGUGACCUUUGUCGGCUCUGCAGUGACGUUCGGCGUUGCAGCGAUGAUUCACACAUCGGUCAGCGCCAAAGACGUUGUUUUCCACCACCGCAGCAACCCGUUCCCGUGGCAGUCCACCAACCAACCCGCGACCCCUCCCGUCACCGUGCCGCGUUUUUUUUUGGCCACUCCGUCCCGCGCUGGCUGUAACUGCACUGCUUCGUCUGCCCUUGGGCGAGCCUGCAUUCCCUGUACAUAG